GAACAUUCGGUGACAUCGGAGCAGUUGGCAGAGUUGGGAAAAAAAUGACGUUUUCAUGAACUUCUGUGAAGAAUGCAAAUGAGCAAAGUGUGAGCUUCAAUGCUUUUUUCCAUGAAAACUCUUAGAGAAGAUGGCUGAUGUAAACCUGAAGGAAGCAGCACUAAUAGUUGGUGUGGUGGCAGCCUGCUACUGGAACAGUCUCUUUUGUGGCUUUGUUUUUGAUGAUGUUUCAGCAAUUUUGGACAAUAAAGAUUUGCAUCCUUCUACACCGUUAAAAAAUCUGUUUCAGAAUGACUUCUGGGGCACUCCGAUGUCUGAGGAGAGGAGUCAUAAAUCUUACCGUCCUCUUACAGUUCUUACAUUUCGCUUAAACUACUUGUUCAGCGAGUUAAAUGCAGUUUCCUACCACUUCCUAAAUCUGGUCUUUCACGUGGUGGUUUGUGUAGUCUUCCUCAAGGUCUGUAAGCUUUUUCUGGACAACAGGAGCAGCAUGGUUGCAUCCUUGCUCUUUGCAGUGCACCCGAUACAUACUGAAGCAGUAACUGGAGUUGUGGGCAGAGCAGAGCUUUUAUCAUCUAUCUUUUUUCUAGCUGCUUUUUUGUCAUACACAAAAUCUAAAGGGCCAGAUAAUACCAUAGUAUGGACUCCAAUUGCAGUGACUGUUUUUCUAGUAGCUGUUGCAACACUGUGUAAAGAACAAGGAAUAACAGUGGUGGGGAUAUGCUGUGUCUAUGAAGUAUUUAUUGCUCAAGGGUACACCUUGCCAGUGUUGUUGGACACAGCUGUACAGAUUCUUCGAGGGAAGGGCAGUAUUCCUUUCUCUAUGCUCCAAACACUGUUGAAGCUCAUAGUCCUAAUGUUCAGUACGCUGCUGCUUGUAGUUGUCAGAGUUCAGGUUAUCCAGUCUCACCUUCCGGUGUUUACAAGGUUUGAUAACCCAGCUGCUGUUAGUCCAUCCCCAGCAAGACAGCUGACUUUCAACUACCUCCUCCCUGUAAAUGCUUGGCUUCUUCUCAACCCCUCAGAGUUAUGCUGUGACUGGACAAUGGGAACUAUUCCUCUCGUGGAGUCUUUGUUAGAUGUUAGAAAUGUUGCCACCCUUACCUUCUUUUGCUUUCUGGGAUCUUUGAUUGUCUUCAGUCUCCGAUAUCCUGGGGAUUCCUCCAAGACUGUAUUGAUGGCACUCUGUUUAAUAGUGCUACCAUUCAUUCCUGCAUCAAACCUCUUUUUUCCUGUUGGAUUUGUAGUAGCAGAACGAGUGUUGUAUGUUCCUAGCAUGGGAUUCUGCAUUUUAGUAGCACAUGGAUGGAAGAAACUAUCGAGUAAAAGCGUGCUAAGAAAAAUUUCUUGGGUUUGUUUGGUUGCGGUACUGUUCACUCAUGCCUUAAAAACACUGCACAGAAACUGGGAUUGGGAGUCAGAGUACACGUUGUUUAUGUCAGCUUUAAAGGUAAAUAAGAACAAUGCGAAACUUUGGAACAAUGUGGGGCAUGCAUUAGAAAAUGAAAAGAAUUUUGAAAGAGCUCUGCAGUUCUUUAUACAAGCCACACAAGUGCAACCAGAUGAUAUUGGUGCCCACAUGAAUGUAGGAAGAACUUACAAAAACUUGAACAAAACUAAAGAAGCAGAAGAAUCAUAUAUGAUUGCUAAAUCAUUGAUGCCACAGAUUAUUCCAGGUAAAAAAUAUGCAGCAAGAGUUGCUCCUAACCAUCUGAAUGUUUAUAUCAAUCUUGCAAACUUAAUUCGAGCAAAUGAAUCUCGCCUUGAAGAAGCUGAUCAAUUAUAUCGACAGGCAAUUAGUAUGAGGCCAGAUUUCAAGCAGGCUUACAUCAGCAGGGGAGAAUUACUCUUAAAAAUGAACAAACCUCUGAAAGCUAAGGAAGCUUAUCUUAGAGCUCUAGAACUAGACAGAACCAAUGCAGACCUGUGGUACAACUUGGCGAUCGUUUACAUUGAACUGAAAGAUCCAACAGAAGCCCUAAAGAAUUUCAAUCGAGCGCUGGAACUCAACCCAACACAUAAACUGGCAUUAUUCAACUCAGCACUGCUAAUGCAGGAAUCUGGUGAUGCUAGGCUUAGACCUGAAGCUAAACAAAGACUGUUACAUUAUGUAAAAGAAGAACCUCACGAUGCAAAUGGGUACUUCAAUUUGGGUAUGCUGGCAAUGGAUGACAAAAAAGAUACGGAAGCAGAGGCUUGGAUGAAGAAAGCCAUAAGGUUACAGCCAAACUUCCGAAGUGCUCUGUUCAAUUUGGCACUGCUGUAUUCUCAGACAGCGAAAGAAUUGAUGGCUUUGCCCGUCCUGGAAGACCUGCUAAGAUACUACCCUGAUCAUACCAAAGGUCUGAUUUUGAAAGGAGAUAUCCUUAUGAACCAAAAGAAGGAUAUCGUUGGAGCAAAAAUGUGUUUUGAAAAAAUUUUGAAACUGGAUCCCAACAACGUACAGGGAAAACAUAAUCUUUGUGUGGUUUACUUCGAAGAGCGAGACUUAAUAAAAGCAGAAAAAUGUUUGGUUGAGACGCUGGCACUGGCACCUCAUGAAGAGUAUAUUCAUCGUCAUCUAAACAUAGUUAGGAGUAAAAUUGCAUCACUCAGUGCUACGGAACAGUCAUCACUUCCAGCAUAUGGGACUGCAACUGAAGCUGCAGAAGAAAAAAAAAAAAAAUUUCAGAAUUUGAAAGAAGUAAAAACUAAGCAGACCGCCCCACACACAACAGUUGAUAACAAUAAAGGGCACUCAAAAAAUAGGAAACGAACAGAGAAAAAUAAUAUGGACAAAGAGACUCCCAAAAAAUCUACAAAAGAAAUCAAAGACAUUGAGAAAAAGAGAGUUGCUGCUUUGAAAAGACUAGAAGAGAUUGAACGUAUAUUAAGUGGUGAAUAG